AUGACGGAAAAUCAGUGUUGCGAAAAAAGUGAGAGUGACGCAUGGAAUAAUUAUAAUCUGUUCACAACGACAACGGAAUGUACAGAGGAGAAAACCAUUGAAUUUCAAGGUAAAAUACCAGAAUGGUUGAAGGGCAAUUUGUAUCGAAACGGACCCGGAUCGUAUGAGAUCAAUAAUGAUGCCGCAACGACAUUUAAUCAUCUCUUUGAUGGCUUCGCCUAUAUACAAAAAUAUAGUUUCGAUGGGCCAUCACAAACAGUUCGUUUCCGCGGCUCCUUUGUCAAGUCUCGUACGUACAACGAAUCCACCAAGAAUGGACAAUUAAUGAUGCGACAAUUCGGUACUGAUCCAUGUAAAUCAAUCUUCGGUCGAUUUCAAUCAUUUUUCUAUGGCAAAGAUCCAGCGACAGCAACUGAUGAUACUGGUGUUACUGUUCAAAUGGUGCAAAACGAAUUAUUAGCAUUGACCGAAAUUCCUGUUGGCAAUGUUCUUGAUCCGGACACACUUGAACCCGUCGGUCCACUUGUCACUCUGCCUUUCGGUCAACCAAAGGAGUCGACCAUCAUGUCGACAACCACCGCGCAUGUUAUGUACGAUGCUAAACGUAAAAUGACAGUCGGUUACAGCAGUCGAGCGACGAAAAAUGGAAAUUUUCUCGAUGUCGUUUUUAUUCCGGAAGAACCGGAAGAGGAAGGAACCAAAGAAGAUGAUAAUGAUCAUAUUGAUAAAUUAUUUGAAUCGGAUCGUCGUUUUGUCCAUUUAACAACGAAUAUGAGUGAACGCGCUAAGAAAUACAAUCAUCGUAUUAAGAAAACCACCAAGGCAUUUCGUUUCCCAUCAAAUCAUACAUGCUACAUGCAUUCAGCAUCGAUCAGUGAAAAUUAUCUGAUUCUUAGUGAAAUUCCACUUCAUUUCGAUAAAUUCUACGGUCUUUGGUUUUUAAUGUCCGGUGGAAUUGCUUCGUCGGCAUUCAAAUGGAAUGGAGAUACAUUGCCCACCUACUUUCGCGUCAUCAGUUUAGACACCGGCGAACAAGUUGCUUAUAUUCCGGGACCAGCAUUCUUCCAUUUUCAUCAUGUUAAUUCUUAUGAAAGCGGAGAAAAUAAACGAAAGAUUCUCGUCGAUAUCUGUGCGUUUGAUGAUCAGCGAAUUAUCGAUGAAUUGCACUUGGAUAAAUUACGCGACAAUAUUUUCCCAUCGGGUGGUGGGUAUCUUCGACGAUUCGAACUGGAUUUAGACGGCAAUACAUGUUCCGAACCAAAUGCGAAUGCACGAGAACCAAAGGGCAAUCAUUGUUUCAGUUAUUCACAUAGUCUCGUGCCUGUUCAAUUUGAAUUACCACGCAUCAAUCCAAAUUUUAUCGGUAAACCUUAUCGAUAUGUUUAUGGGGAUCGAGCAGUACCAGGACGAUUGUUUGAUGCAUUAAUCAAACUAGAUCUUGAAACAAAACAAGAAGUUUGCAAAUGGGAAGAACCAUAUACAUCACCAAGUGAACCGAUCUUCGUUCCUAAUCCCGAUGGAUCUAGUGGUGAAGACAACGGAGUUGUCUUAUCGGUUGUUUUAGACCAAAAAGCAAAACGAUCGUUUCUAUUGGUUCUUGAUGGCAGUAAUUUCAAAGAAUUGGCACGUGCUUAUCUUCCAGUACAUAUACCUGCAUCUUUUCAUGGCAAUUUUUAUUAA